GUCCCUCUUCCACCAAUGUCUGAGUCUGAGCUCUCUCGAAUAUCUGUCGAACAUCUUUCACCUCGAUAUCAUCCUUCACUCUCCGAUCAUGCUCCUCCAUUCUCCCUUAUCCUGCUCUUCCCCUCCUGUAUCGGUCUGCCCUCUUGGGCUAUCCAUUCCAACAACCAUGUCCAUCCUGACUCUCCCCUCCUCGCACAUCUCAGCCUCGUUCCCAAUCCCAAUCCCAACCCCACGUGUAGCAAUGCGAACCUCUAAAUUGACAACUCACUCGGGAAUGCUGCAAACAAAUGCCACUGCCACUGCCACGGUCACUCCCUCACUCAUUCACGCCCACCACACGCGUGCACUGGUGACGAUGAUUCACCGUCGCAGACCUACAUCUACAUCUAGUAGCCGGCAGCCUGUUGACUCGGGUUGAAAAGGAAUACUUUCAUGGUCACCUGGAGACAUCCUCACUCGCGCCCGUCGAGGAUUUAUUUUGAGCAGACGCAGGGUCC